UGAGCCACCCAGGCGCCCAAAAUUACACAAAUUUUAUUCAUUGUUUAUCUAGAAUUCAGAUUUCCCUGGGCAACCCUGCCUGCUGGCAAUCAGAGAGAGGAGGUAGGUUUGUGCAGAGGCCUGGCUGUGUGAACUGAACCCUCUCCUUCCUCACUCUGAACCUGUUUCUCCAUCUGCCUGCCCUAUGGACCCAGGGGCACAGGGACCAGUGAAAAGAGAUGAGGAGCCUCAGCUCCUCACUGGGCAGCUGGGAAGGGUGGCACAGGAAACAGGUAGUCUGGCUGGGUCUUUAGGAAGCUGAGAGAUUCAGGCCCAGGGAGGCCCCUGACCCCUCCUUGUGAAUAGCCCUGGCCCCAGGCCUGGGGGGAGGGGGCACCGGGAGAGGGUCUUCUUUUUCUGUCUUACAAAAUGAUUUCAUUACGGGAUGCCUGGGUGGCUCAGUCGGUUGAGCGGCUGCCUUCGGCUCAGGUCAUGAUCCCUGGGUCCUGGAUCAAGCCCCGCAUUGGGCUUCCCACUCAGCGGGAAGCCUGCUUCUCCCUCUCUCACUCCCCCUGCUUGUGUUCCCUCUCUCGCUGUGUCUCUCUCUGUCAAAUAAAUAAAAUCUUAAAAAAAAAAAAAAAAUACAAAAUGAUUUCAUUACGAAGCCCCAAAACAUAUAAAGUAAACUGAUGACACCUGGGUACCCACCCUACCCUUAAAAAUUAAAACUGAACCAGGCAGUAGAACCUGCUUCCUGCCCCAUCCCCCAGUCUCUCUCUGCAUUGGCUUUGCCCACCGUCUCUGUCUGUACCCCUGUUGCUGUGUCUCUCCAUGCAUUUAUCUCUCUGUCCCUGUGUGAAUCUUGUUGGGGGGGCCACAGAGCCGGCCAAGGGCCAGCCAAUGUCAAAGGCUGCCUUCGACCCAGCCAGGCCUGGGGCAGCACUGGAGGCUCCCUGGGGCUGGCCUCCUGAUGCUUGCCCUGCUCUGUGACCCCACAGGUAUCUGAGAUGCCGCUGCCCCAGAAGAAGCGCUGGGUGUCCAUGGCCAAGGGGCUGGUGCUGGGAGCGCUCUUCACCAGCCUUCUGCUGCUGCUGUACUCCUAUGCUGCCCCCCCACUGCACACUGGCCUGGCCUCCACCAGGACCCCGGAGGGCACAGCGCCCUGCUCCCCGGCGCCAGGUGAGCCCGAGGCCCUGACCCCGGCCAACGGCUCUGCGGGAGGGUGCCAGCCUCGACGCGACAUCGUGUUCAUGAAGACGCACAAGACGGCCAGCAGCACGCUGCUCAACAUCCUGUUCCGCUUUGGCCAGAAGCACGGGCUCAAGUUCGCCUUCCCCAAUGGCCGCAACGACUUCGACUACCCGGCCUUCUUCGCUCGCAGCCUGGUGCAGGACUACCGGCCCGGGGCCUGCUUCAACAUCAUCUGCAACCACAUGCGCUUCCACUACGAGGAGGUACGCGGUCUGGUGCCGCCCAACGCCACGUUCAUCACCGUGCUCCGCGACCCCGCCCGCCUCUUCGAGUCCUCCUUCCACUACUUCGGCUCGGUGGUGCCCUUCACGUGGAAGCUCUCGGGCAGCGACAAGCUGGCCGAGUUCCUGCAGGACCCAGACCGCUACUAUGACCCCCACGGCUACAACGCCCACUACCUCCGCAACCUGCUCUUCUUCGACCUGGGCUACGACAGCGGCCUGGACCCCGGCAACCCGCAGGUGCAGGAGCACAUCCUGGAGGUGGAGCGCCGCUUCCACCUGGUGCUCCUGCAGGAGUACUUCGACGAGUCCCUGGUGCUGCUCAAGGACCUGCUGUGCUGGGAGCUGGAGGACGUGCUCUACUUCAAGCUCAACGCCCGCCGCGCCUCGGCCGUGCCGCGCCUCUCCGGGGAGCUGUACCGGCGCGCCACGGCCUGGAACGUGCUGGACGCCCGCCUCUACCGCCACUUCAACGCCAGCUUCUGGCGCAAGGUGGAGGCGUUCGGGCGGGAGCGCAUGGCCCGCGAGGUGGCCGCCCUGCGGCGCGCCAACGAGCGCAUGCGGCGCAUCUGCAUCGACGGGGGCCGAGCCGUGGACGCCGCCGCCAUCCAGGACUCGGCCAUGCAGCCCUGGCAGCCUCUGGGCGCCAAGUCCAUCCUCGGCUACAACCUCAAGAAGAGCAUCGGGCAGCGGCACGCGCAGCUCUGCCGUCGCAUGCUCACGCCCGAGAUCCAGUACCUGAUGGACCUCGGCGUCAACCUGUGGGUCACGAAGCUCUGGAAGCUCAUCCGGGACUUUCUGAGGUGGUGACAUCCCGCCCACCGGCAGCCCCCUCUGCCCGCUGGAUCGCUGAGGAGGGGCUGGGCGGGGGCCGGCCGGCCUUCCCUGGGUCCUCCUGGUGCCCCCCCCAGCUCUGGGGGGAAUGAGGUGGGGCUGCUGCGGGGGUGCGGCCAGCCGGGACUGGGCCCACGGCACACAGGGCCUCAGAUCAGUAUUUGCUUAUUCUAGCCUUUUUUUAAGAAUUAAAUCCCCUUCCCUCCAAGGAAGAAUGUUCUAUUUCCUGCCUCCCCUUAAAGGGGAGAGUUCAGAAGUAAAGGCAUUUGAUGUUGUGUUUUUUGUUAAUCAGCCUCAGUGGUGCUGACUGGUGGGGCCCUGGGUGGGAGGUGACUGAUGAGGAUGGGGGGACCCUCAAGAGAGCAUGGCAAGUGCCUGAGUGUGUCUGUGGGACAGAGCCCAGUGGUGUGGCAGGGUUUGGUGUGCACCUGUUACGUGCUGAAGCCCUGUGUGGUUGAAGGACUCCCAGGAGCUACCAAGACCUGGAAGAUCAUGUGUGUGUGUGUGUGUGUGUGUGUGUGUGUGUAGGAGUGUGCGUGUGAUCAUCCUGGGGCUCUACCAGUCACUGACUCCAACUCAACACUGGUUAUGUGUCCAGCAUUAGGCUGAGUGGGUUAUCUCAGUUCAUCUUCAUCAAAACUCAGCAAUGUGGGAACUGUCAUUCCCUCGUGUCAGAGAUGAGGAAGGGAGCUCAGAGAGGGAAAGUCAUCUGGCCAAGAUCACACAGCAAGUAAGUGCUAGGACUGGAACAGGGGCUGGGUGGGAUGGAAUGUGUGGCCAGAUUAAGAUAGAGUCCAUGCGUGCGUGUGUGUGUGUGUGUGUGUGUGUGUGUGUGUGAUGGGGAGGUGGGGAGUACCUGGUGUAGCACUGAGAGCAGGCCCCGGGCCCAGGCUGAGGGUUCCUUGUAUAAUCUCAUUAAUCCUCACAGUCACUCUUCGAGGUAGGCACAAAUACCAUCCCAUAUUACAGAUGUGGGAAUUGACAUUCUGAGAGAUCAGAAGGGACUUAACUGAGGUACACAUCAGACCCAAAACUAAACCUUCUCCCUGGGACCCCAAGCCCCUUGCAGCAGUGUGGGGAUGCCUCAGCCCUAACCACCUGCCUCCCUUGGCCUCCCCAGGGGGACAAAGGCCCUUUCUGGGGCAGAGGACUUGUGGGUCUCUAACUAGGAGCCAGCAGCCAGACACGAAAUGUAGAAACCACAGCCAAAGGAGUUUAUUGGAGAACUGUCUGUACCAGGCUCCAAGCCAAGUAUUUGUACACCUUAUCUGAAUAUCCACAACAUCCCAGCUUCAUAGACCAAAGCUCAGAGAGGUUAAGCGAUUUACUGAAGGCCACACAUCUAAUUACUGCCAGAACUGGAUUUCAAGCUGGAUUAGUUGUCUCUUAACCCCUCCCUGGAUCUGAAUCAGUCUUUCUCCUGGGAGUGAGUUUCUGGCCCAAGCAAGGUGGGAAGAAGUUAGGGUGACCAACUCUCUCAGUAUCCUGGGACUGUCCCAGUUUUUGCACUGAAAGUUCCCAAAGCCCAGGAAACUCCUCAGUCUGGGCAACCAGGAUGGUUGGUCAGCCUGGGAGUUUUGAACUCACCAGCCCCCUGCAGCCACCGCCUGCACCCUCCUAAAGUUCUCUGUAGCAAGAAAUAAGCACAUCUUUGAAGCUUUAUUUAAUUCAUAUGGAAAGAACUAAGCAAAAGAAAGGAAGAAAGAAAGAAAAAAGAAAAAGAAUAGCUAAGGUAUUAUUGACUCCAAAUUCAUGAGAUAAUCUCCCCCCCACAUACUUUUUAUUAAUCAAAGAGAGAUAUGAGUUAGUGCAAUAUGAUAAUAUCUUGGGUUUGUGGAACCUCAUAAUUUUAUUUCCUUGGACACUUAAAGGCCUAUAAAUACCAAUAAUAAUAUUAUAUGUCAUCGAAUUAUUUAUUAUUAAUAUUGGCACUUCUAAGCCCUUAGGGAUCCAAGGAGAAUAAAUCAGGCAAAUAGUAGAUGCCAAGAAUAUAAAUUGCUCCAUUAGUAUUUACUAUCUGCCUGGUUUGUUUUAAGAACAUUAGAGUUAUUAACUCAUUUAUUAACAUAAUUAAUAUUUUAACAAUGAGUAGUUGCCUGGUACUGAGCGAGCACUUUGUGCUCAGCUCUGUGCCCUGGGAACAUGGACAGUUCCUUUGCUCUCCUGAGGAGACGACCAAAACACAGAGAAACUGAGCAACAAGCCCAGGGUCACCCAACCAGGCAGCCAUAGAGGCAGGAUGCAAACCCAGGUCAGUCAGACACCAAGGGCUGGUGCUUGCAGCUUCCAGACCCUCGGUGCCAUUCCAGUUGGCCACCUCAGCCUCGGGAUGGAGGUCUUUUCCAUGGUUGAAAAUGUAUGAAGUCUCCAAGGGGCGGAGCGGCUUGUAGCCUGCAGGAGCCAGACUGCUCUUGCCAUACCUGGGCAGCAGAGGGCGCCAUGGUGCCAAAUUUGGUCUUAGCAGGUCAGGCAGCUCCCAGCCGCCAGGGGCUGGGGGCACCCAUGGUUAGGCCUGGGCUUACAGGUGAAAGCCAGGGCGAAGGUCAUGGCUGUCCCCUGGGAGAAAUUCAGUGGAACUACCUGUUCCUCUCUGUAACGGGAUGAAUUGUAACCCCUAAAAAGAUCUGUUGAAGUCCUAACCCCCAGUUCCCUAUGACUGACCUUAUUCGGAAAUAGGGUCUUUGUACAUGUAAUCAAGUUAAGAUGAAGUCAUCAGGGUGGGUCUUAAUCCAAUACGGCCGGUGUCCUUAUAAGAAGUGGCAAUGCCAUGUGAAGACAGGCAGAGAUUGGCGCGGUGCAGUUACAAGCCAAGGAAUGCCAAGGGCCGGCAGUGACCUCCAGAAGCUAAGA